AUGAUGCCCCUCCGACUUCCAUAUACACUCCGUCGCACUGCUCUUAUGGCCCAGUCUGGGUUCGCCGCCAGUAUCCGGAAUAGACAGCAAGUUGCUGCCCGUCGGUCCUAUGCAGAGGCCCAUCUUCACGAUCGAAAGAAGGGCAAUGCGCCAUGGCUAUUUAUCUCCGUGGCUUUAACAGUCCCGGCAGCAUAUUAUCUGUAUAGUUUAGGACCUGAGGAAACUGCACAUGGUGCGGGACCCCAGCGUCCUCUCGUCAAGGGACCCGAGGACGGCGCAAAGGUGUCAGGCGAGAAACAGUCAGAGCGUGAUCCGGCCCACGCAAUCAAACCCGCGGAGAAGAUUGGCGAAAAAUCAGGCACUCAAACGUCCAAGCAGCAAGGUCUUUCCAACGAUGAUACCAUGCAUCCGCAGCUCUAUACUUCCGGCAAGAGCGAGAAACCCGAAGGUGUUACCGAGACAGCCAAGUUGAAAGGAACGGUAUCAACUGAUCGUGGAAAGGAGAAGAAGUCAUAA